CCUUGAAUAUAUUAUUUUUCAAGCAUGACGCUUAUCUGUCGUCAGCUACUUAAAUCAUGUUAUCAAAAAUCGCAGUAUUUGCCUACUAUGAAGAGAAUAUUUCCCAAGUUUGCAGUCCAAACAAAUUGGCUAACAGUAAUUAGUCAAAACCAUAAUUAUGAUUAUGACCUACUCGUCAUUGGAGGAGGCUCUGGUGGUUUAGCUGCAGCAAAGGAGGCCGCAGGGCUCGGUGCAAAAGUGGCUGUGGUUGACUAUGUAACACCGACUCCAUUUGGUACCACUUGGGGACUUGGUGGUACUUGUGUUAAUGUGGGAUGCAUCCCCAAGAAGCUGAUGCAUCAAGCUGCUCUUUUAGGUGAAGCUAUUUCCGAUGCCAAGAGCUUUGGAUGGAAUGUCGGAACCGGUUUUAAACAUGACUGGGAAUCUUUACGGAAUGCUAUUCAAGCCCACAUUAAAUCAGUUAACUGGGUAACUAGAGUAGAAUUACGAGACAAAAAUGUGAAGUAUAUUAAUGGUUUAGGGCGCUUUGUUGAUCAAAAUACAUUACAAGUUACGUCAAAGCAAGAACGGUAUAAUUUAACUUCACAAUAUUUUUUAAUCGCAGUGGGAGGAAGGCCAAAAUAUCCUGACAUAAAAGAUGCAGUGGCAUAUGGUAUAACUAGUGAUGACUUGUUUAGUUUGGAAAAACCGCCGGGUAAAACUGUUAUUAUAGGAGCUGGGUAUAUUGGACUUGAAUGUGCCGGUGUGUUGAAUGUCUUAGGAUAUGAUACUACAGUUAUGGUUCGCUCCGUUCCUUUAAGAGGAUUCGACCAGCAAAUGGCUAAAGUUGUAACAUCUGAAAUGGCUUCCAAAGGUGUUAAGUUUUUACAAAAGAGUGUACCGAAAAGUAUAAAAAAGCUUAACUCUGGCGAACUAAAGCUGGAAUGGUUUAACAACUGCAAUAAGCAAGUCUUCUCAGAUACCUUUGAUACUGUUAUGUUUGCACUGGGCAGAAAAGCCCUUACCAAAGAACUAAAUCUUGACAAGGUAGGGGUUUUAGUUUCAGAAGAAAAUAAAAUUCUGGCUCAUAACGAACAGACCAACAUACCCAACAUAUUUGCGGUCGGAGAUGUCUUGCAUCAAAAACCAGAACUUAGUCCAGUUGCCAUAUCAGCAGGAAGACUACUAUCACGAAGAAUAUUCGGGAAUAUGAAAGAGACAAUGGAUUAUCAAAAUGUUGCUACCACAAUAUUUACCCCUCUUGAAUAUGGGUUUGUCGGACUGAGUGAAGAGAGUGCUUCUGAAAAGUAUGGCGAGGAUAACAUAGAGGUUUACCAUAGCUUUUUUAAGCCAGCAGAGUAUUUAAUAGCAAAAAAAAGUGCUGAAAAUUGUUAUUUGAAAGUUAUUGCACUAAGAAAUGAUGAUCAAAAGGUUUUGGGUAUGCACUUUAUCGGACCACAGGCUGGUGAAAUAAUACAAGGGUUUUCCACUGCGAUUAAGUGCAAUUUGACUGUAAUCGCAUUGGUUAACACUAUUGGGAUUCAUCCAACGUUAGCUCAAGAAUUUACUAAAAUUAAAAUAACCAAGAGGUCUGGAAAAAAUCCUGUUCCUGCUUCGUGUUGUAGCUAAUAUGAUAAAAUAUAUAUACUUUUUAAAUUC